AUGAUGGAAAUCAGUCCCGGGGACCAUGGGGCGUACAUGAAGUACGCUCUCAGCUUGGCAAAGCAGUCUCCCCCUAAGCCAACAAAUUACUGCGUUGGGGCUGUCCUGGUUGAUGUUCCGUCCAACACGAUACUCGCCACUGGUUACACCCUGGAGCUGCCUGGUAACACGCACGCGGAGCAAUGUUGUUUUAUGAAGUUGGCGGCGCAGCACCAGGUUUCGGAGGACAGCCUAAAGGAUGUCCUGCCGCGAGAUAUGGCGCUCUACACCACGAUGGAACCGUGCUCCAAGCGACUGAGCGGAAACCUACCUUGCGCGGAGCGUGUUCUACAGCUAGCUGGCUCUAUCAAGACUGUCUACGUGGGCGUCAUGGAGCCAGAGAAGUUUGUCGCGGAAAACACUGGUCGCAAAGCACUAGAGAAUGCGGGCAUCGCAUUCAAGAAGGUUGACGGCCUGGAGGACGAGAUACUGGCAGUGGCGAGGGCCGGCCAUGUUGUCAAGGAUUGA